ACAGAAUCGCAUAACCUGAACUGGGCGAUACUCGAUAUUAGAAAUUCAUCUCGCCGCUUGGCCCCUGAUCGCAUAUGUCUGCCAUGCGUUGAUGAUAGCUCCGUUAUAUUGAGGGGUGUCAAGAAAAUACCAGAAACACUAUCGUGGUGCCCAAACUGCCGGCGGAUCCCUGGCCCGACCUGUCGGCCAGGGGUGGCAGUCCUCGAUCUAUCCUAUUUUGCCUAA